AUGUCGACGACGCGGAGUGUCCGCUGUGUGAGAUCACAUGUGGUGAGUUUGGGCGAGGAGGCGCCAGUCGAGGUGGAGAAGAAGGCUGUGCGAGCGGCGGAACGAGCCGCUGGAGCGGAUCGUCGUUCGAAGUCACUGGACGCGGCGCGUGCGCUGGAGGCCUUGCGCCUGCGGCCCUCAGCAUCGAAGGACUCCUCUCCUGCGACGGACUCCACCGGUAGCAGCCUCAGCGUUGCUAGUCUCAGCACCACAGGCUCCAUCGACAGUGCCCGCCUCCGAGCCCGGUCACAGCUGCGGGACAAGCGGAGAGCCGCCGGAGAGGAGCUCUUGAACCGCUUCCUCGCGGUGAAUUCCUUCAGUGACAUCUCCUCCACCAUUGAGCUGCAGAGCGGCGAAGCGAUCUCCCCCAUUCAUGCCGCAGCGAAGCUGGGCAACGCCAAGCUGGUGCGAAUGCUGCUGAACCUGGGUGUGGAUCCAAAUCAGCCGACCUCCCGGGGCCGCCGUGCCCGCGACUUCGUGGCCACCGAGCAACGGGACGUGCUCGAGCUACUGCAGACAGGAGAGAGGAGCAUGCAGAUGAGGGACUUCUUAGAGUUAAUGAGCAGCCAGACCGUCUGA